AUGCUACGGUUCUGCUCUCCACGGGUACGACAUUCCCAGCUGCGCAUCGCGUGCCGGCACAACCCACCGCCACCCCUGCGGUACCACUGGACGGCCGCCGGCGGCGGCCGUGUGGUCGAUGCAACAAGCCUCACGGAGUUCCUCGAGUUCGAACGGGCGCUGCAGCGUGUAAAGCACGCAAAAACCCCGCUCGACACCAAGGUGAGGUUCCUUCUGUCGCAUCACAGCAGAGUCGAUAUCUCCGACCUGAACAUCGGCGGCGAAGACGCCCCGGCGUUCUUCAGCAUGCUCGUCAACGCACACAGCAUGGACCUCAAGACCACGGACAUACGAGGGCUCGGCAAGCUCCUCAAACUGCUGCCAACCGUGUCCCCCCGCGGACUGGAGACGGUCAAGAAUUGUGGGAUUCUUGACCCGGCCGGCAACGCCGCCGUGGACACCUUCACACACAGGUACGACGACAGGCUCCAGCUCUUGACCAUCGACAUACUCAUCACGAACAAGUGCUAUGCUGAGGCUUGCCGCUUCUUGCAAAUAUACGAUCGGCUGAAAAAGGACCGCCAGAAGACCAUCAAAUACCACUUCAAGCUAGCCAAAUUCCACGAGUUCUCCGACAGCGUCUCGCCCAAGGUGUCAGCAAAAGACAUCGUGGACAACAACUUGGUCCAUCUAUACAUUCGGGAGCUGCUCAAAACCGAGUCUCUUUCGCUGGAGCAGAAGCUGGAGAAAUUUUUACUUAUACUAUACAAGUGGCUCAACCUCGUUGAAAUUGCAGACCUAAAGAGGCCCUCGGAAAAUCAAAUACACAUCUUCAAUACAGCCUUCCUCUCCCUCUUGUCCAGACAGGUGGGAAUACCGUAUUCGGUACACCUUGCGUAUUUCGCCAAACUCUACCCCAAAUCAGUCCCAAUGCUCCAAGAAUUGUCUUUGCUUUCCGUUCCAUCUUCGUCAUCAUCGACGUUAUCCAAGGCGUAUGCCCCACUGUUGAGCGAGCUUCCACAGGUUAAUAUUCGUGAAGAAUUGAUCCAAUCCUCACAGCCCUACAUGGAAGAUCUGUCCAUGCUAUAUUCGAAAUUCUUUCACGAAAAAUUCCCCAACAGAGCAUACACGAAAACUCUGUUCAAGGAAUACCAUUCUUUAGUUUCUAGAUACCAGAAGAAGGAGACUUCCAAACUAGUGCCACACUCCAUCCGUUUCAAACACCCGUUCAGUAGAUACAACCAUGACUCCUCCAUAUUGUCUGCCUUCAUCAAUCACACUUUUGAGAACCCAACGGGGUUACUAAGACCCAAGUUGACCUCCAAUAUAGUGGAGAAAUUUUACUCUGAGUUAAAAUUUUCUCACAUAGAUUACUACAAGUCGAAGAACCACAAGUCUCACAUCAGCCAGUUAUCCUCAUUGGUGAGGUUUUUUGCAGACACAAAAAAUCCGAGUUGUGAUAUCUCGAAGGCAUUGAACUUGCUUAAACUUUUCACAUUCGAAAACAUACUCCUGGAUAUUAAGGUAUACCUUUUGCUGAUCGAUUCACUAAUCAAAUUGGACUUUCUCGAAGAUGCCAAAAAAAUGUAUCUCUUCGUUUCACAACAUCCCAUCUUAUCAAACAGGUUGACAAAGGAAAAAGUUGCGCCUUUAUGCUACAGAUACUCGUGGCCAUACCCAGAACAGCUCUUGAUUUUCCCGUCAACGUUGCAAAAUCAGUGCUUCACCUACAAUAGAGAUUAUUUAUCAGGUGAUCUCUCACCGUCUGCCCUGAUCGAAUAUCUGGACUCAUCGAUUGAAUCCCAAAGGUCACUUAUCAAAGAUGGAAAACUUUAA